ACGAAGCGGAAGAAAAAUUAUGGCGCCUCCGAGUAGAAGGCAGGUACUGAGGCUUAUCGCGCAGUUCGGAGCGUUUAUUCUGACCCGGUUUGGUUUCUGGAACUGUUUCAGUAUGCUCAUGCUUUUUGCUGAGCGGGCUGAUGUGAAAAGGAAGCCAGAUAUCCAGGUGCCGUACUUGUACAUCGACAUGGCAGCAGCAGUGUUGUGUGCCAGUUUCAUGUCGUUUGGGGUGAAGAGGAGAUGGUUUGCUCUCGGCGCCGCAGUCCAGUUGGCUUUCAGCACGUAUGCAUCCUACAUCAGUGGACAUGUUUAUUAUGGGGACUGGUUAAAGGUGAGGAUGUACUCGAGGGCCAUGGCUGUGAUUGGAGCUUUUCUAGUGCUGGCCAGUGGAGCAGGAGAAGUGUACAGGCAGAAACCACGCACGCGCUCACUACAGUCCACUGGCCAAGUCUUCUUAGGAAUCUAUUUGAUCUGUGUGGUUUACUCUCUCCAGCACAGUCAGGAGGACAGAUUGGCAUACUUGGACCACAUCCCCGGUGGUGAAAUCACCAUUCAGCUCCUGGUCAUUCUCUUUGGUGUACUUGCACUCUCCUUCCUCUCAGGGUACUAUGUGCGUUUAGCCUCUCAGAUCUUAGCUGUACUCCUCCCGCUGAUCCUCCUGUUCAUCGAUGGCAAUAUCGGCUACUGGCACCGCACACGCCGCGUCGAGUUCUGGAACCAAAUGAAGCUGAUUGGACACAACGUGGCCAUCUUUGGAGCUGUGCUUAUCCUUGGUACAGAUGGCUAAACACACAGGAAGUGAAUGUCACCUUAGCACAAGUAGUGGGUAGUCACUCCAUCCAAACUCCCUGUAACUGCACUGAGUAUUUGCUCCAAAUUGUCCUACAUACACUAUAUUGCCAAAAGUAUUUGCUCACCUGCCUUGACUCACAUAUGAGCUUAAGUGACAUCCCAUUCCUAAUCCAUAGGGUUCAAUAUGAUGUCGGUCCACCCUUUGCAGCUAGAACAGCUUCAACUCUUCUGGGAAGGCUGUCCACAAGGUUUAGGAGUGUUUUUAUGGGAAUUUUUGACCAUUCUUCCAGAAGCACAUUUGUGAGGUCACACUCUGAUGUUGGACUAGGGAUGUUAACCGAUGACCGUUUGACCGAAUCAGCGUCAACUGUUUUUUUUUUUUUUUUUUUUUUUUUUUUGGUUGUCGGUGAGAAAAAAAAAAUCGUUUUGAAGCUGCCGAUUUUGGAGCGGAGAACCUGGAAUUCUGUGUUGUAAACGCUUGGGCCAUGCCAUGCAGUGUAAGGACGACAGCUGACAAAUCAGAAACACCCAUUCAGUCAUGUCCUGCCCCAGUUGAACACAGUUGCCACUCGGCGAAAGAAAAAAAGUGUAGAGACAGGCUUUUUAGCUUACAAAUUACUAUUGUUUUUUUUUAUUAUUAUUAUUAGAAGGCACAUCAACUUUAGUCCUGCCUUGGCCAGUGCAUUCUGAAAGUAUGUUUCGGUCUGUAGCCAACAAUGCAUGUUAUUGCAGAUCAUAUCUCUCCACACAAACUAAAGGCGCAGAUGCCGACUUUUUCACGGCUUUUUCAUGGACUGUAAUGGCAUUUGCUUAUGUAAUAAUUUUAAUACAGAAUUUACUCUGAUGAAAUUAUUCAGACACUCCAACGCACCCCCCAAAAAAAAAUCGGAUCUGCACGAGCCGUGAAAAAGGCGCGCUGUUUGCAUCCCUGUUUAAACUCAUAGGUUAACUGACUUUAACCGGCUAAUGAGGCUCGGUGGUCGGUCAAGAUUUUAAGUUUUCACCAUCCCUAUGUUGGACGAGAAGGCCUGGCUCUCAGUCUCCGCUCUAAUUCAUCCCAAAGGUGUUCUAUCGGGUUGAGGUCAGGACUCUGUGCAGGCCAGUCAAGUUCAUCCACACCAGACUCUGUCAUCCAUGUCUUUAUGGACCUUGCUUUGUGCACUGGUGCAGUCAUGUUGGAAGAGGAAGGGGCCAGCUCCAAACUGUAAAAACAGUCUGCAUGCCUAGGUGCUUGAUUUUUAUACACCUGUGGCCAUGGAAGUGAUUGGAACACCUGAUUUCCAGUAAUUUGGAUGGGUAAGCAAUUACUUUUGGCAAUAUAGUGUAUCAAAAUAACUCUUGAUUUGGCUACAUCCAGACCCAGAGGAGAUAACAUUCUUGGUGUUAAACUGCAGAGCUGGCUUUGUCUCUGCCAUUAUUCAGUAAACUAAUGUAUGGUUUUAUACUUGGGUUAUACUCCACCAGGACACUAUACAGAAGAGAUGGCAUGCUAUUUGCACACACUGUUUUCAGAUCAUGAUAAUGGCUGUUCUCAGGUUUGAAUUGUAACUCUCUGAUCAUUAGUUUAGAUAUUAACAGGGAAAUAAUUUAUGAAUCCAGUUAAAUAGGAGAUUGCGCCUUGCUACAUUGUGCCUGUGGGUACGUCGUUUUAAAGAAAAGCCCAGUUUGAAAAAGGUGUUUGAAUUUUAAGUGACUGUUUACAUUUUUUUUUUUUUUUUAAUUUAAAUGUAAGAAUUUUCUACAGGUCUUAAUGUUGCAUUGUUUAAUUAGAGCCUGUUUAAAAGGCUGUUUUGUUGUUGCUAAUGCUGUAUAGUAUGUUAAGCAAUUCCAAGACUGCUCCAUUACUGGCAGCUCAGAGCUCUACAUUCUUUCUUUAUCCAAUAUCACCACAUCAUUGUUUUAAUAAAAACAAUGAAACUUUUAUAUUUGAA